AAGCAGCGCCUCUCCCCGCGCUUAGUAACGGGUGGCGUUCCGACCGCUGCCUUGGAGAGAAGGAGGAGGCGGGGCUGGCAGCGGCAGUCAUGGCCCAAGUGGGGCACAGGGUGGAUUACCUGGCGGGAUUUUGCUGUCCGGUUGGGGGAUUGGCAGCCGGGAAGCCCCGCGUGCUGUGCCACGAGAACCAGAUCUACCUCUCCAAUGGCACCGAGUACGUCUAUGUCUACGACCAAGAAGGGCGGCUGAUGAAGGCUGUCUACAGGUUUCCUGAUCAAGUCUGGCAUGUGGAGCUCUUGCCCCUCCACCAUCAGCUGUAUAUUCUCUGUGCUGGAGUUGGCAUUUAUUGCGUGUCCUUGGACUAUCAAAGCAGGUUAGUGAAGCAGACGGAUGGCGAGGAAGGCGAUUGCUUUUCCAGCAUUUUCCCCAUGGGCUGUGAUGCCUGCGCUCUCCCUGAUGCCACACUUUGCACCUUCACGCUGCUCAAUGAUGUCUUGGUCACCCUUUCCCAAGUCCGGGAGAAGUGGUGCAUGAAUCUCCACAAACUCCCAGGCCCUGAGAGCCAGGAGAAAUUGCCACAUCAGCCAGUCAGCCAUGUAGACAUCACCACCAGCACAAGCAACGAUGGCGAUAUGUCUUUAGCCCACUUCCUCCCGGUGCUGUGUUGUGCAUCUGCUCCUGGUGCCAGUGACCAUUGGGAGGGACUUCGCCAUUCUGGGGGGUUCGUGUUGGAGGAGCCCCUCUUCAGCCUCCUUUUCGGUGUGGACGCUGCCCUGCUAGAUUCUCCCAUGAUCCUCUGUGGCUUCCCCGAUGGGCAGUUGUGUUCAGUGCCUUUGAAGGCCCUAAGCUCCCCUGGAGACCACGGCUGGGAAGACUCGCCCGUCAAGAUCCUUCACCAUCUGGAGGAGCCAGUGGUCUUCAUUGGGGCCCUGAGGACUGAACGGAAAUCCCUGGGUGUGGAGGAGAAUCCAGCCUAUGGAGGCUUGGGUUGUGACUGUGUUGUGGCUUUGGGACACUAUGGUAAAAUGGUGGCCAUCAAGGCCUCUCAAGGAGAAGAAGUCAAAGUCCCAGAGCUCCGGGAAUAUUAUCUACAAGGACCAGUUCUGUGUGCAGCCUGCAGUGGGGGAAGCUGCAUGUACUACAGCACCCAUUCUGACAUCUACGCGGUUGACUUGGACAGCAACACACCUGAGGCUGAAAAAGUGGAGGCUCCGGCAGGGACCCUUCCUUCAGCUGUGUCUCCUGCCAGCUUGAGUAUCUGCAGCGUGGUGGCGCUUUCCUUAUCUUCCCGGGAGUCAGAAGGAGAAUCUGAACUUCUGGCUCUCUCCGCCAAAGGCCGCCUCAUGACGUGCGGCUUGUGCAGCCCAGAUGAUACACAGCCGCUCAAGAUGAACGCUGACAAAGCUGGGCAGAGGAUCAAAGAGCUCCUGUCCGGGAUAGGCCAUGUCUCUGAAAGAGUGUCCUCCCUAAAAAAAGCUGUGGACCAAAAAAACCAAGCUUUGACCUGCCUGAACCAAGUGAUGAACGUGAGUGCAGCUUUGCUUUCAAGCCAAAAUGGUCUGAAGCCCAUCACUUGCACCACCGCUGCUCAUUGGAGCCAUAUGCUGGUUCAGGACACCUUGACAAUCUCCUGCAUCUUGGAAAACUCAAGCGAAUGCAGCCUGGAGCGGGGCUGGACCUUCUGUGUCCAGCUUUUCGCCAACUCCUGUGACUUUGAGGAAACCACUUCGGAUUCUGCCACCACCUAUACCUUCCCUAUAGAUCAGCUUCUUCCAGGGAACAAGACAGAGGUGACCCUUCCAGUCAGCCCCGCCGAAGGCUCCAAACUGAACCUGCCUUUUACGGUCUCCUGCUCCCUCUACUACAGUUUGCAGGAGAUCUUAGGCACCGUUUCUGAGUCCACUGAGCUUCUGGAUGACCUCUUUUCAGACGAUUCCCCUGGACUUGCCCUGGACAGAGACGGCAUCUGCCUGCCCUUGAGGGAAGACACUAUUGAUCUCCUGCAGUGCCUUCGCUUGGAUGACAACAAGGGAAUGCCUGAAGCUAGCCCACCUGCUGUGGCCAUUUCUGUCCCUGGGGAUCCAGUUGAAAACUUCUUGAAGUUAUCUCUCAAGAGCAUGGAAGAGAAUGAUGAGCUUGUCCCAAAGGGAUUGAGUAUCAUCGAUGAAAAUUACUUGGCUCCAACUGUAGCUUCCAUCAAGGUAUCCUCUGAACUGCUGAGAACGUCCUUGAAGGACUUCUGUGAAGAUGUGUCGCUGUGCUGUGGGGUCCUGCGAUGGCUGCUGGCUGAAAAUGCCGAAGCGGAUGCCCUUCGGAGCCAGGAGGUGGCAGUCAUGCAAGGCCUGGCCCCAGAUGGAGGCAAAGUGCAGCUGAACAUCCGAGAGGUGACUGUCAGUGACCUGAGCCCAGCAGGUCCUAUCCAAGCUGUGGAGAUUGUCAUCCAGGGCUCUCCACUGGCGAACAUGUGUCAGCUGCAUCAUGCUGUGGUUCGGCGCAUUCAGGCUCUGAUUUUGGAACAAGCUUGCCAGGAUUCUUCUCCCCCAGAUAUCCGGGUGCAGUAUCUCCAAGAGAUCCAAGCCAACCAUGAGGUAAGCAGCUACCCAGACUCAAGGCACUGGAGGAAGCAAGUGUGCAUUGCGCGCUUUGUUCAAGAUGGCUGUGGGAGAACUCCAACCCCCUGCCUUUGGGUGAGCGCUGUGAUUUCAGAGUACAGGUCGUCCUUGCUUAACGACUCUUACUGGGACUGA